UGACAUAUUCAUAUUGUCAAAAGUUUAUUUACGAGUGAAGAAUACAUAAUUUUUGUAACACUGAUUAAUUAAAGAUUAUUUAGUACAUAAAAAUUUAAAGAGAAACGAAGCGUUUAUAUUGCCAUAAUUCUGUGAGCAAAGAUUUAUACAUAAGUGCAUAUAUUUUCAUCGUAUGUUUCUAUGGGUUUGAAAUGACAUCUGUUUGUUAUGAUAUAAAAACUUUGAAAAUAUAUUUUAAUAAAUUGAUCUAAAAAUAUAUUGGGUUAAAAUGGAAGGUGGUGAUUGGAAGAAUAAUAUAAUAAGUCAAUUGCAAUCUCGUAAUAAGCGAGAAACAAUAGCCUUCCAAGAUAUUAUAACUUUUCAAAGUCGGCUCUUUGAUAAUGUUAGCACAUUAAAAAAUGAAAAUUUGCAGCUAACUUUAUUAAAUGAAAGAAUAAGAUAUUCUAACACAGAAAGUGUAUUAUCUAGUGGAGGCGGUGUAACCAAUGAAAGGAUACAAGCUUUAGAGCAAAAGAUUCUUUCCCAGCAAGAGGAACUCACCUCUAUGCACAGGCGGCGAGGAGAAAGUGCGCAGCAAAUCAUUAACCUAAAUGCACGAGCGCAUGAUCUAGAAAAGAAUUUGCAAGCUAAAGAUAUAAUAAUUUCAGAAAACACUGCAUUAAUAGCAUCACUUAGAGCAGAGAUUCAAAUGUAUGAAACGAAUAUGGCUGAACUACAAGGAUUGAAUCAAGUCUUAAGAGAUGAACAUCAAGCAUUACAAAUUGCUUUCGCAGCUAUCGAAGACAAAUUAAGGAAAUCCCAGGAUGAAAAUCGUUCUCUUGUUGAAAGACUCAUUAAAUACAAAGCUAAAGAUGCGGACAAAAUGAACGAAGAAAAUGAACACUUCCUAAAGUCAAGCAACCCUACUGCGUUUUUCAUCAACACGUUUGGUAGAGUUAGUUUCGGGAAAAAAAGUGACAAAGUUCGCAAAGAAUUAGAAGAAGCGGCCAGAGAAGGCGGCAGUAGAAGUAGUGGUGGUUCUGGAGGUAGCACAGAUGAUAAAAUUAUGGAUUCGCUGCCUUACUACGCGACGUCACUACCUACUAAAGUGGCAUUGAGAUUUGACGCACAUGACGGUGAAGUAAAUGCCGUUAAAUGGAGCCCGACAGACCGGCUUGUAGCGACCGGUGGAGCUGAUAGGAAAGUCAAACUCUGGGACGUUUCCAAACCUGGCCUAAUAGAAAACAAAGGGACGCUCGUGGGGUCCAACGCGGGCGUGAUGUCGGUGGACUUCGACGCCACCGGCGUGUACAUCGUGGGAGCUUCCAACGACUUCGCGAGCCGCGUGUGGACGGUCGGCGACCAGAGACUAAGGCAUACUUUGACCGGUCACAGCGGAAAAGUGAUGGCAGCAAAAUUCCUCGGCGAACCCACUAAAGUAAUCACAGGCAGUCAUGACCGUACUCUCAAAAUUUGGGACCUUAGAAGUAGAAUGUGUACAGAAACAAAGUUCGCAGGAUCAUCUUGUAACGAUCUAGUGACGUCAGACGGUGCGGGUUCUACAAUCAUCUCGGGACACUUCGAUAAACGAAUACGUUUCUGGGACAUACGCACGGAAAUGUCGGCUAAUCACAUCAUGCUCCAGGGCAAGGUCACAUCACUCGAUCUCAGCAGAGAUAGCAAUUACUUAUUGGCGUGUGUUCGAGAUGAUACGAUACAGCUUAUAGAUUUGCGGAUGAACACAAUAGUACGAUCUUUCAGUCACGAGUCUUUUAAGGUGGGUUGCGACUGGUCGAGAGCUGCUUUCGGACCUGUUGGACGACUACUGGCUGUGGGUGCAGCAGAUGGAGCUGCAUAUGUUUGGAACACACAUUCAGGAAGACUGGAAGCGGUGCUGAAGGAUCAUACGUCAGCAGUGACAGCGGUGUCGUGGCAUCCACAAUCUGGUCUACUGGCUUCAGUAGAUCGAGGAAAGCGGGCCGUUAUAUGGGGAGACUUGUGACACGCCUGGGACCAAGUCCCGCUCCAGACAAUGGAAACGAUCAGCAGUCCGAAUCUCGAAGAAUCUGAAGGCGAUGGUGCUGAGGUGUUUGAUUUUUUACGGGGUAUCACCACAGACAUCUUACACAGAUUCGCUUAGACCAUCACAUGGCUCGACAUGAAAACAAACUAGAUUCAAUCGACUUUUUUAAACAUAAUACCUGGAUGUUUAUACAGCUAAUAUUCAAGCGAUAUCGAUCAAGGUAAUUGGAAAAAAUAUGACUCGUAGUAAUACGAAUAUAUAUUUGAUGAUACGAACUGAUUGAUGUGUAACAAAGGAAGAGGUGCUACGUUUAUUAUAAUUCGUUUCUUUUUUAUAAUACUCUUGUAAUGUUGCCAGUUGCGUUGUGUAUAUUGAUAUGAAUAUUUUUAUUAAUUAGAUUAUAUCAAAAUAUUAAAUUUCACAUCAUUCCUUUUGAUGGGCUUGUGAAAUAUUUAUAUUGGAUGAUGAUUUAAGUAUUUAUUAUUGAUAUAAACUUCGUAUUUUAACUUCUAGUUUUAAUAGCGUUAUAAAAAUAACGUUUUCGGUUAAUUCAAAAUAUUGUUAAGAAACGUGAGAAGCAUAAACCGCAACUAUAGUAGCAAGAACGACUGGUUAGAUCCAAUUUAGACGAUCGUGAUAUGAGCAUUACAAUGCGGCAUCUUAAAAUUUAGAGUACAAUGAGCUAUAAAUUAAUAGGCGCCGUAUGUUGCCGUCGACGUGACGUGAUAUUUGUUUCACUAGGGGUGGACCACGAGCCACCUGUAUCGAGCGCUCAUUACCACACAAUGAUAGGAUGACUUGUAGUCGCUACUAGUUAGUUGCUGGUUGCCAAUCGCUGGUCGCGCAAUU